AAAGUGAAAAACGUGCUGCUUUUCUUUUUUCGUUCACACGCGACGACUGUGAAGUUCGAGAAAAUUUCUUAAAUCGAGAAUUAUCAAAAGACGUUAAUAUUCGGUCAUAAUCUGUUAAAAAAUGUUGCGGAUACCGAAGUUCGUUCCACGAUUGAUUGGUCAGCGCUUUGCUGCCGCUGAUUAUGGAAAUUUCUUGGCCAAGAAUGUACAGGUAACAGUUGGUAAUGGAUCUGUCAGCCAAUUUCGUCACAAGUCUGGCGAAGUCAAAGGAGCCGUAAUCGGUAUAGAUUUGGGAACAACAAAUUCUUGUGUGGCAGUAAUGGAGGGUAAACAAGCCAAGGUUAUUGAAAAUGCAGAGGGUGCACGUACAACACCUUCUCAUGUUGCUUUUACCAAAGACGGAGAACGCUUGGUUGGUAUGCCAGCAAAACGGCAAGCAGUUACGAAUUCGGCAAACACUUUUUACGCUACUAAACGUUUAAUUGGUCGUCGUUUCGAUGAUCCAGAAAUUAAAAAAGAUUUGAAAAACUUGUCAUACAAAGUGGUAAAGGCAUCAAACGGAGAUGCAUGGGUUUCUUCUACCGAUGGCAAAGUGUAUUCACCUUCACAAAUCGGGGCUUUUAUAUUGAUGAAAAUGAAAGAAACCGCAGAGGCAUAUCUUAAUACACCGGUUAAGAAUGCUGUUGUCACAGUGCCGGCUUAUUUCAACGACUCGCAGCGUCAGGCCACCAAAGAUGCUGGUCAAAUAGCCGGUUUGAACGUGUUGCGUGUUAUUAAUGAACCUACAGCUGCUGCGCUGGCCUACGGCAUGGACAAGACAGAUGAUAAAAUUAUUGCAGUAUAUGAUUUAGGUGGUGGAACCUUCGAUAUUUCAAUUCUUGAAAUUCAAAAGGGAGUUUUCGAAGUAAAGUCUACCAACGGCGAUACGUUGCUUGGCGGUGAAGAUUUUGAUAACACUAUUGUUAACUAUUUGGUAUCGGAGUUUAAAAAGGAUACUGGUAUAGAUAUUACUAAGGAUAACAUUGCUAUGCAGCGCCUGAAAGAAGCUGCUGAGAAAGCAAAAUGUGAAUUAUCAUCAUCACAACAAACAGAUAUAAACUUGCCAUAUUUGACAAUGGAUGCAUCUGGCCCACAACAUAUGAAUUUAAAAAUGACUCGAUCUAAGCUUGAAAGCCUUGUUGGGGAUUUGAUUAAACGUACAAUGCAACCGUGUCAAAAGGCACUAUCUGAUGCUGAGGUUUCUAAAACUGAAAUUGGUGAAGUUUUAUUAGUCGGUGGAAUGACGAGAAUGCCAAAAGUACAGCAAACAGUCCAAGAUUUGUUUGGCCGACAGCCAUCACGUGCAGUCAAUCCCGAUGAAGCUGUAGCUGUAGGCGCAGCAGUUCAAGGUGGAGUCCUUGCUGGAGAUGUUACAGAUGUUUUAUUGCUCGAUGUCACGCCUUUGUCACUUGGCAUUGAAACAUUGGGUGGAGUAUUUACACGACUGAUCUCCAGGAAUACUACCAUCCCCACCAAGAAGUCUCAAGUGUUUUCAACAGCUGCGGAUGGUCAGACACAAGUAGAAAUAAAAGUGCAUCAAGGCGAGCGUGAAAUGGCAUCAGAUAAUAAAUUACUCGGUUCAUUCACAUUGGUAGGCAUUCCACCCGCACCACGAGGUGUUCCACAAAUCGAAGUGGUUUUCGAUAUCGACGCCAACGGCAUUGUCCAUGUGUCUGCUAAAGAUAAGGGCACUGGUAAAGAGCAACAAAUCGUUAUUCAAUCGGGUGGUGGUCUGAGCAAGGAUGAAAUCGAAAACAUGAUUAAGAAGGCUGAAGAGUAUGCUGCAUCCGACAAAAAGAAACGUGAGUUAAUCGAAUUGGUCAACCAAGGCGAGAGCAUUGUUCACGAUACAGAAACCAAAAUGGAGGAAUUUAAGAGUCAAUUACCUGCAGAAGAGUGUGAAAAGCUGAAGAAAGAAAUCGCUGAUUUACGUACGCUGCUGGCUAACAAAGAUACCGCCGAGCCUGAGGAAGUGAGGAAAGCUACCAAUCAAUUGCAACAAUCAUCUCUGAAACUAUUCGAAAUGGCGUAUAAAAAGAUGUCGGCGGAACGUGAGAGCAACGCUAGUGGAAGCAGCACUUCUGAACAAAGUUCCUCUGAGGAACAAAAGGAAGGAAAGAAUUAGAGUGACCACAAUGUUAGAUGGGUAGGAGUGUGUGAAUUUUGUAAGAGUAAAUGCUAGAUGAUGAUCUUUACAUUUGUCCACUCUUCAUUCGAAACAAUUGACAGAUGGAAGCUCUUUUGAAUAUAUUGAUCCAUAAAUUUUUUAUUGUUUAUUAUGGAAUCAAGAAAUCAAGCGAUUACAUCUUGAAGUUGCUAUUAAAUAAGAUAUGACCACAAUUUUACUUUUAUGUGGUUUCUUUUUUUAUCAUAAUAGUAUAGUUUAUUAUAUUUUAGUUUAAAAAUCGAAGAGAAGAGAACAAUAUCCAGAUGUUCGUAAAAAUCUGAAAUGGGUUAUUUUUAAGCAGUUGUGUUAGUGGCUUAACUUCGAGUUAAAUGAGCAUAUGUGAAAUCCUACGUUUAUUUUCAUGUGAAGUACACUUAAUAUAAAACAUGUAUGUAUUAAUAUAAAUAACAAUAAAUAGUAUACAAUAUCAGUUGUACAGUAAUUGGCCGA